AGUACCGGUGUCAAGUUGAAAAACGUGCUCAGAGCAGAGCGAAUUAUUUCCUAUUUACAUUGGCUGUUAUCUGUCAAUGUGACGGAUAUGGAAACUACAACGGAACCGCAAAAACGUUACAUCUGCUCGUUUCCCGACUGCUCGGCGGCUUAUAACAAACAAUGGAAGCUGGACGCUCACUUGUGUAAACACACGGGGAAGAAGCCGUUCACAUGUGACCGCGACGACUGCGGUAAGUCGUUCUGUAGUCCCUACCACCUCGCGCGCCAUGAACUCAGUCACAGCGGUGUGAAGCCUUUCCACUGCACCGUGGAAGGCUGCGAGGAGGCCUUCACCACCAACGCAAACCGGACCAGACACAUCAGCCGCGUUCACACAAAGGGGCAGAAGAAGUAUGUCUGCCAAUCUGAGGGCUGCGGGCUCGAGUUCAAGAAGAACAAGCAGCUCAAGUCCCACAUGUGUGAGCAGCACACACAGCUGCCCCCAUACCAGUGCACUUAUGAAGGGUGCCAAAUGCGAUUCACCUUCCCCAGCAAACUGAAGCGACACGAGAAGGUGCACAGAGGGUACCCCUGCAAGGAGGAGGGCUGCAGCUUCAUGGGAAAGACCUGGACAGAGUACCUGAAGCACAGAAAGGAGCAGCACAAACUCAUCCUGAAAUGCGACCAGUGCAGCAAGGUGUUCAGGGACUCUUGGUUCCUGCAGCAGCAUCAGCAUGUCCACUCUGACACGCGGGUGGUCUUCAGGUGCACCAGGGAUGACUGUGACAGGUCAUUCACCACAGUUUUCAACCUGCAGAGCCACAUCCGCUCCUUCCACGAGGAGCUGCGGCCCUUCGCCUGCACCCACGCAGGCUGCACGAAGACCUUCACUAUGAGGCAGAGCCUGCAGCGUCACAGCAUUGUCCACGACCCGGAGAGGAAGAAGCUGAAGAGGCCUAAACCCAAAAGAUCUCUGGCUUCCAGGCUAAGUGGAUUCAACGAAACAAAGAAAGUGGUCUGUAAAAAGCGCAAUCAGCCUGAAUCUGUCCGAGAGUCUGCUGAAAAGAAGACCGAUCCACCUGGUCCAGUUGAGUUGGUGUCCCUCCUGCAGGACACGUCCUUGCUGUGCAGCCCUGCUGUUGACACGCAUGGACUUGCAAAUGCCCUGACUACACCACUGACAGUGUAGAAAAUGAAUCAUGAAUGAAGAAGUCAGCACAGAAGUAAGCAGAGAUUUUGGCUUGGAACCAAAUCCUGCUGCUCCGUCCAUCUGGGUGUCAUCACCUGCACUUUUCCUCUGCAUUUAAAUUAUUUGUGGAACUUCAUUUUCUGGAGCCAUUAAAUCCACUUUUUUGUGACAAAAUACACGUUUUGUAUAUAUUGUAAAUAGAAAAGCAGUUGUUGUAAAAUGCUGAAAGUCAUUGUUUAUUUGACUAUAAACUCUCGAUGUCUUGAUGAAUGUGUUUUGUGUUUAUUGCUCUUUUAAAUCAGUUCAGCCCAAUGUGAUAUCCUGUCCGGGAGCCUGAUGGAAAAAUUUUGGUCUAAUCACUUCGGGCAAGAGAAGAGAGAGAUCCCUCAGACUGUGCUUUUACUUGCAAGAAACUUUACUGAAGAUACAAAGUUUCUGUCCUCAGACCUUCAUCAGGUAAACCAGAGGGAAAAGA